CCUCAUCCCCAUUAGACAGUGAGAGUCAGCCUUAGAACAGCCCACGUCAGACAUCAUCACCUCAUGCAACAACACAAACAGAAACCACAUCUUUGGCGGGCAGAUGCUGAGUUUUUUCUCUCUGCUGCUUCCAGCGCCACAGGAGGGUUUGCUGUCUGCCGUUAACCUCGUUCAGCUCCAGAAGGAGAGUGUGUCGCUGUUCACAGAGGAGUGUGGAGCCGAUGGAGCAUGUGGCCACUGGUGGUCACUCCUGGGUCUGACCUCUCCUCCUCCACGCUGAUCCUAUAGACGGAAACACAAGGUGUUAUGGCAGUGUGAGCACAUUCAAAUGACUCUGAACACAACUCCAGGCUUUGGGGAGGACCAAUCCCUCUCAAACUGUAGCCACAAUAUGACCAGCUGGGAUCAGAGCAUGGAUACGAUGUACUUCUACUUCUACCUGCUGCUCUUCAUCCCAGGGCUGCUGCUCAACACCACCGCUCUGUGGUUUCUCUGCAGUCAUAUCAGCAAGAAGACCAAGGCGGUGAUCUUCAUGAUAAACCUUGCAUUAGCGGACCUGGCCCACAUCCUCUCUCUGCCCCUCAGGAUUUAUUAUUACAGCACACACUCUUGGCCAUUUGGAAAAGGCGUCUGUUUGUUCUGCUUCUACCUUAAAUAUCUCAACAUGUACGCCGCCAUAGUGUUCCUGGUGUGUAUCAGUGUCCAGAGGUGUGUCUUCCUGCUUGAUCCGUUUGCCGCUAGACGUUGGAGGCGGCGCUAUGACUUGUUGAUCAGUAUCAUAGUGUGGGUGGUGGUCGGCCUGGGCUGCUCACCUUUCAUUCUGAUGCGGAGCAGCAGCAGCAGCAGCAGCAGCAGCAGCAGCAGCAGCAGCAACACCACCACCACCACCACCGCCAAUGCCAGCACCGGCUGUUUUAAGGACCUGCCCAUGCGUCGUCUGCCCGUCUCUCUGGCGGUCACCAUGAUGGGUCUCGCUGAGCUGUUUGGCUUUGUGAUUCCUUUGGCUUGCAUCAGUUAUAGCUCUAUCCGCAUCACUCAGUCCCUCAACCAAAAACAGACCCAGGAUCGGCAGAACUCAACUGCAUUAAACCCCUCGGCACGCAGCCGGCUCCAGUCAGUCACCUCCAACGGUCAGACUGAUCACGAAACCUACAUGAGCGGUGAGAAGCGGCGCGCCCUGCGGAUGGUGCUGAGCUGCUUUGCCCUCUUCUUGUUCUGCUUUGCCCCCUACCACCUCAACUUCCUGCUUUACCUGAUGGUGUCGCAGGGCAUUGUGUCCCACUGUCCCACAAGUCUGGCUGUGCGGAAGUUCCACCCAGUGUCUCUGUGCCUGGCAAGCUUAAGCUGCUGCCUCAACCCCCUCCUCUAUUACUUUCUAACUUCUGAUUUCAGACUGCGCCUCAACAAGCGCACCUCCUCCUUCACUGCCUCGCUCCUUUCUUCCCCGAUCAGCUCCCCGAUCCAGCGUCCUGCACAGCACAGGAUGACGAGCAUGGAGAGUAGCUGCUCGAUUAUAGAUUAGCAUUAUCCAGAUGUUUUUAUUAAUUUAGCCUCAUGGAGCGACACAGCUUAACGUGACAAACAGAUGUGUCUUCAUGAUGAAUUCUGUUGGACUUGAUGACAGUGGCGAUUCUAGACCGGUCUUAAUAGGGGGGCCAGGUUGGGGCCAGCUUUUUUGUUAGGGGGCACAUACAACCCGGAAAUAAAGACAAAUCCCUCAUUCAGACAAAACAGUGUUUACAAUUUCGACAAUUCUUAUUGGGGAGUAAACUGCUGAGACACUUUAUUUCCGCCUUUCCUCUCUGUGCAUAAUCAUUGUAAGAAAUCUGUCAUUGUAUUAUUGAUGCAGACUCCCUGUCGGGGGGGCCACAGGGGGGUCCAGACUCAGAGUUACAGGGGCACUGGCCCCUGUUGCCCCCCCAGAACCGCCCCUGCUUGAUGAGAUGAGAUGAUUUCACAUGUCGCAGCUGCCUGAAUACAAACUGACCCAAAGAGCUUUGACCCUGAUGUGAGGAACCUCCCAGAGGAUACGAGUUCAGAACAAACAGCUCUUCAAUCUGCAGCUAAAAUGAUGUCCGUGUCAGCACCCCAUAUCAAUGUGAAUAUCAUCAUAGUUGCAACACAGUACCCAGAAUAACUGUUGGCAAAGUUUGUUUCUGCAAACCCACAGAUAAAUUGAAACUUUUCAUUUCUUUAUGGUCCAAUGUCCUGUGCUUAGGUUAAAGUACAAAAACCCAUUAGGGUAAGUGUAAGGAAAAAAAAAAAAAAAAACUGCUCUGGAUGCCACAAACAUGGCUGGAAAUGUCCAGAGGUCUCAUAACAAACAGACAGUUGUUGUCACAAAGGCAGCCGGAGAUGGCCUGACUUUCUGUGAAAAUAUUGUUUUAUUGUCGCCAACAACAUGGCUGCUGACAGGCUUACAGAUGCUAAAACACUGUGGCCCCUCCUCAGAAAUAUCCAGCGUUUCAACACUUACAAAUCCAAAACAGCACUCUGCUUACCAGCAUUGAUGGGAUGGGAUGGGGUUUUUUUGGUUAGUUUUUUUUUUUUUAACCGAAUUACAAUUUACUAUUUGCACUAUUUAACUGGUUUCCACAUAUACAAACUUUAGCUAUAUUCUAAUACAGCUCUGAACUUUUGUCAAGUUUGGGCAGUUUCAGCUCAGACUGGGCUUCUCUUUAUCAGUCCUAUCUAGCAACCCUGCUUGCCAGCCUCGUCAUCUGUACCUCUUAGCACCCCACCCUCCACUUCACACAUUUUGUACAAAUGUCACAUAGUCCAUGACACAUACAUAUGGGUGUAUCUGUGGUUUGCUGAAACGUUAAAUAAAAGAGCACUAUGUAGUUUAGGGAAGGACGUUUUAAUCAGAAGAAAAAUAUCCUUAACAAUUUAUGUCUAUUUUGUUUUUAUGACUGAACAAACUGAAAAAACUGACCUUAAAGAACAACACAAUUUCAUACUGUUUCACUUGUUAAUAUGUGGCGGACCCUGCCACCUUUCUAGAUUCAAACAGUGUUCUG